UUGGACAAAAGCAUCUACUAAAUAUGUAAAUGUAAAUGUGUCCCUCCAGUCGUUCCUCUCUUGUUGCUGUUCUGCACCUGCGGUUCUGCUGCAGAUGGGAUUGUGGGUAAUUUUACUGACAUUCCCUUUGACACAAAAGAUUAUAUGAUUCCAUACCACACGGAGGGAAUGGGCGAAGAUAAGGCACUCCCCUUGCUAAGUGCUCCUGCGCUGACGUCAAACAGCGCCCAUGAGCUGGUCACCACGGGGAAAUCUGCUGUGUUGAGAGAGAGUGUCAGGAACGGCAUGUAUACCCAAGGAUGGUGCGACUCCAUCAGCAAAGGACAGGUGGAGAAGGACUAUGGCAUUCAGAGAUCCACGAUAGAUCAAGAAUACAGGACUGCAAGUAUCCUACAUUCUGAUGUUCUGGAGCAUGAAAAAGAUGUGUUUGAUGAAAUAGCUCUCCCUGAUAUCUUCCUAGAAGAAUACUACUCACAGAAAGCAAAACAGGCAGCAGGCGGCGAAGUUCCAAAUGAAACCUUUUUAGGGUACAGUUACGAAGGUGGUGACUCACCUGAGGGAUCAGUAGGAUGCUGUAGCGUCACCGAGGUGGACAAUGACCUCAGCUUCCUGGACGACUUGGACCCCAAGUUCAUGACCCUGGCUGAGAUCUGCAGACGCCCUCAAACCGAAAUCACAGAGUCCGUGAGUGAGGUGAAGUCCAUCGUUCAACAAAGCGUGAUGUCAGCAGAAACCAAAAUCAACAGAGAACGCUUGGUGAACACUGCUGUUGAGCAACACAUGGCAGCAAGAUCAACCCCAUCAAGUCCUGUUGAGAAGACUGUCAAUACCAGCUAUGUAGCAACUCUGCCUCGUCAACCAUACAUCAUUCAGCAGCCUGUGUACUACACCACCACCCCUAUGUAUGUAGUUGAACCUCAGGUUCAUAAUACUAUUCUGGUCUCUGAACAGCCCUCAGUUUCAAAUAUGCAGACCAUGUAUGUAGUGAAUGGUGCUCCAAGGUCAGAUAGUGUGAUAUUAAAGGAUGAGAGAGUACUGGUAGGCCCACCUGCUCAGGAUGUUGCAUUUCCUGAGCACCUGGGAACCCUCAGAAGCAAAGAGAACAUUGUUUUGGUUGAGAGAAAGGGUCCUUCCGGUCCAGUGGUGCAAGAGGUUCCUGCCAGGUCAAACCAAGGCCCUCCUAACAUGCAGACCAUGUUUGUGCUGACUGCACCUCCAGGUCCCAAAGGCAUGGUAAUGAGGGGGCAGAAGGUAGCGAUAGGGCCCUCCGAUCAUUAAGGCAGGGUCACCCUGUAAUCCCAAACAUCCACCCUCACCAUCUGGCUGAUAUCUACAACACAGGCAUGCAGAUCCAUGACAUUAAAUAGAAAAUCACAGCCUUUAAAAACAACUUAAAAAAUCAAGGCUAAGAAUAGAACACAGAUCUUUCUGCAUUGCUGCUUAUGUAAAUAUAUUUGUGGUUGUCGUUCAAUUCAUAAGGUUUUUUCAUUGCUUUUAUCUUCCUUCAUUUCCUGAUUAAUGGUAAAAUUCCUAUAUUUCUCAUACUUUAUAUAGCAGGUAGGAAUUAAAAUCAUAUAAUUUUGUAUACAAUAACAAUAAUAGUGAUUAUUAUUUGUGUUCUUCUUCUUAUUAUUAUUAGAUAUGAAAGAAUUCCUUCAAUCACAUCUCUUCUGAGAUGCUUGACUCAAAGCUUGAAUUUAGAUAUUAAUGAGCUGUUCGGGGCACUAUUUUCUGAUGAUCGCUUUCUUAACAAUGAACUUUUAAGUUAGCUUACAUUCAUAACAUCAUUAACUUUAUAAUAGUUUGUCACAACUAAGUGAAAUCGGCAAGCUUCCAGAAAUACUUGUUGUUAAGUGAUUUUCUCCAGCUUCCACGUACGGUGCAGUAAAACAAGCACAAUGUAUAAUGAAUGUUAUCAGUGGCGGGUUUAACGAGUUCAGCGGCCCCCUAGGCUACUUCCCAGAGGCUCCUCUUCUGCCCCUAUUCCCCAAAAUGAUACAAUUAACCAUAAAACUAUUAAAUAUUAGUAACUAUUAAAUUAUUUCUACAAAUCAAAGAGAAUGCGUUGCUGUAUCUAAGAGCAAUCACACCAGAAAACCAACACACUGGCAAGCUAACACUUUCACGUCGGUCAUAUGCAACAACUGGAAGGUUGUAACAGAAGAAUAAACGCGACUCAGUAGCAGUAACAUCACAACGUUACACUGGGAUCCAGUGCCUGUCCUCAAUGUGCACUCAAUGCACAUUUACCAUAGACACCACAGAGCACGGAUGACUUCUCAGAGAGGUGCAAAUUCCAAAAGAAGAUACAAGAGUUCUUACUAUUAGGAUAUUUUUCUCCAUGAGUUCACACACCAGUUGCCAACUUCCAAACAAAUAAGCGACCAGUAACGAAUUACUUUAAAAAAUAAAUAAAAACAAGAUGGCCGGUGGAACCCCACGAUCAUUCCGGGCCCCUAGACUGCAGCCUAGGCCCUGCUCAUUAAUCCGCCCCUGUAAAUCCGUAAUAUUUAAUCAUUAAAUUGUCUCAUUGCUGUUUUAGGGGAUUAUUCAAAUUGUUAUUUUCGCUUUUGGUGUAUUGCACAUUUGUUUUGAGUGAUUUUGUAGUGGUGAUAGACAAGUUGUUAAA